GUUGUCGUCAUCAAACGUUGUUGACAUUAGCCAGAAAAAAAUUCAAAUUGAAAAAAACGAAACCUGAUGAAAUUUUCAAUGAACAAAUUCAACAACAACAAUAAUAAUUUAUUACGAUUGUUGUUGUUGAUUAUUGUUGUUGUUGUUGAUUUAUCGUUUGCACAACAAUCACCACCAGAUCCUGGUCAAAGAAAUUUCAAUAAUAAUAAUGGAUCACCAAGUACCGAUAAUGUUACACCAUUACCAUCAAAUGAUCAAUAUAGACGACCUGAUUUAGAACCACCAAGUACCGAUGUCGUUACACCAUCACCAUCAAAUGAUCAAUACCAUCGACCUGAUUUAGAUACACCAAGUACCGAUGUCGUUACACCAUCACCAUCAAAUGAUCAAUAUCGACGACCGGAUUUAGAUACACCAAAAACUGAUAAAGUUUUACCCAAUCAAGGUACAUCGCCUUUAGAUAGUAUGCAAGGUGAUGAUCCAUCAGCGUACAGUAAUAGUAAUUAUCAACCACCUGAACCUGGACAAAGAAAUUUUGGUAAUAAUAAUUAUGGAUCACCAAGAACCGAUAUCGUUACACCGAAUCAAUAUCGACGACCUGAUUUAGAUUCACCAAGAACUGAUAGAGUUUUACCGAAUCAAGGUACAUCAUUUUCGAAUAGUAUGCAAGGUGAUGAUCCAUCCGUAUACAGUAGUAGUAAUUUUCAACCACCUGAACCUGGACGAAGAAAUUUCGAUAACAAUAAUUAUGGAUCACCAAGAACAGAUAUUGUAGUCCCUUCCAAUGAUCAAUAUCGAAGACCAGAUGUGAAUUCGAAUGAUCAAUAUCGAAGGCCCGAUGUGAAUUCCAAUGACCAAUAUCGAAGACCAGAUGUGAACUCGAAUGAUCAAUACCGAAGACCCGAUGUUAAUUCGAAUGACCAAUAUCGAAGACCCGAUGUGAAUUCGAAUGAUCAAUACCGAAGACCCGAUGUGAAUUCAAAUGAUCAAUAUCGAAGAACGACUUCAAAUUCACCACGAACAGAUAUCGUAGUUCCUUCUGACGAACAAAAUCGAAGAUCCGAUUACAAUUCAAAUGAUCAAUAUCGAAGACCAGAUCUGAAUUCAAAUGACCAAUAUCGAAGACCAGAUGUGAAUUCGAAUGACCAAUAUCGAAGGCCCGAUUUGAAUUCCAAUGACCAAUAUCGACGACCAGAUGUGAAUUCGAAUGACCAAUAUCGAAGGCCCGAUGUUAAUUCAAAUGAUCAAUAUAGAAGACCGACUUCAAAUUCACCACGAACAGAUAUCGUAGUUCCUUCUAACGAUCAAUAUCGAAGACCAGAUUUGAAUUCGAAUGAUCAAUAUCGAAGAUCCGAUUACAACUCAAAUGAUCAAUAUCGAAGACCGACUUCAAAUUCACCACGAACAGAUAUCGUAGUUCCUUCUAACGAUCCAUAUCGAAGACCAGAAUUAGGUUCAACUACUGUAGUUGUACCAUCAGUUCCAAAUGGUGGUAAUAAUAAUGGUCGAUAUUCACAACCACCUGAACCAGGACAGUCAGAAUUACGUCCAUAUCGAACAACACGUGGAAUCGAUUUAAAUUCACCACGAACUGAUAUUGUUCUUCCACCUAACAAUCAAUAUCGACGACCAGAUGUAAAUUCAAAUGAUCAAUAUCGAAGACCAACUUCAAAUUCACCAAGAACAGAUAUUGUAAUACCAACAUCAUCAUUAUCAACAACACAAUCAAUUAACAAUAAUGGAGAAAAGGAAAAUAUAUUUGAAGAUGAACAGAUGCAAGGUGAUGAUCCAAAUCCAAUCGAACCUGGACAUCGUGAUUUUAAUCAACGUUCUUCAACUACGGUAUUUGUACCAUCAUAUCGACCACCUGAACCAGGUCGUCCAGAUUUUCAUCGUCCAACUACUAAUGGUGAAAUUUAUGUACCACCCGCACCAAACAAUGAUGGGGGAGUCUAUGUACCACCCGCACCAAACAACAAUGAUGGGGGAGUGUAUGUACCACCCGCACCAAACAACAAUGAUGGGGGAGUAUAUGUACCACCCGCACCAAAUAACAACAACAACAAUCAAAGAUAUCCACCAUCAACUGAUCCAAUUUUACCACCAAAUUAUGGUUCAAAUAGACGACCAUAUAAUUCACCAUCAACUGAUCGAAUUUUACCCACAUCACCAUCAACAACACCUAUACAAAUAAUAGCAUCAUAUCCAGGUGGUGGUAAUUCUCCAUCAACCAGUUCAAUCGUAGUACCAUCAAUAAAUAAUGCACCUGAACCAGGAAGACGUGAAUUUUUCGAUCGUAACCGACCAUAUUGGCAAUGUAAUAUGGCUAAUAAUAAUAAUGAUCAAUGUCGGCUGGAAAAUCGUGCAAAUUUUGUACAAUUUAAACGUGGUUUAUAUCAAAAUACUCAUGCAUUAUUAUUGGAUAUAACUGAAGCGAUUCGUUUGAAAGAAUCGUUACCACGAUUAAAUCCUGUCCGGUCAUAUAAUGCUGGACGUUUAGUAACUAAAGAUUAUUUUCCAGCAAAUAAUAAUCGUAUUGCUUGUUUACAUUUUAGUUUUGUAUGGGAUGGACCAGAAGAUAAACGAAUGCAUCUUAUACAACGUAAUAGUGAUGAUAAAUGUAUUUAUUCAACACAUUCACAUGGUUUGAAUGAUCAACAUAAUGGACGAUGGCAAGAUUUAGAGCUACAAUUAGAUUUAAGUCAAGGUGAUUUAGCAUUUUUAAUUGAAUUUUCAUUCGAUAUUAAUCGAUCAUCGAUGAUUGAUAAUCAAACUCGGAGACCAUAUCCAAUACAAACAAGUAAUACAACCAAUGCUUUCGGUCGUUAUGAUUCAAUAAUUGCUGUACGUGAUUUUACAAUCGGUUAUGGUUAUUGUAAAAAUAAUCAAGCUAUUGAAUGUGAUCUUCCAAUUUAAACAAAGAAA